AUGACAACGAAGCACGCAAUCAAGUACUUCUCGGCUAUGUUCGGGAUUGAGCACUUUGAAAAUUAUAUGUUCUACCCCGAAACCCAGGUUGGGAAAAUAACGUUUUUCAAGAAGCUUUCCACUGGUUUAGAACUGAAUUCGGAAACCCCUGAAGUCGUACCAGAUUCCUCUAUCAGCGGCUUAGUGAAAACACUGUGCAGAAGGAUGAACAAUCUGCCUGAAGAGAUGGCCGCUAUCUACACUCAAACCUAUCAUGUACUUCGUCCAUUAAAGGGCGAUUUGGGCAGAAGCUGCACGGAAUAUGAAAUGUCCAAACCGAUUGUCGAAUUUACUAGUAAUCUUCGCCCACAAACCACGGCGUCAAGACACGAUAAUAUUCGUAACAUGGUGGAAGAGAUCAAGGCUCUCCAGACGACACUCGAUGCUACUGAGAUUAUUGAUGAACAGCUUGCUCUUGAAGAAGAUAUCACCGGAAGGAUCCCGUGGACUUGCCAUUAUGGACUCUGUUCUGAGGUAGGACAUAUACCAGCCAAGGUGCUGCACAGUAUUCUAGAAAACGACAAGCUGUGUAACCUGUUGGAUCGAGUCAAGAUGAGUGAUUGGACGUAUGCACGAACCAAAGCUAUUGAAUCACGGCACCAGUUCUUGGAGGAAAUCUCCCGAGUCUUCAACGACGCACUAGCUGAGUUGCCGACCGAUGAUCAGGCUCACUUCCGACGAAUCAUGGCAGAUGCAGAAGCAGGCACUCAAAACAUAAGCUGCUUAUCGAGGAGCGAAAACGUGAACAGAGAGUACCAGGCGCUCGGCACGAAGAACAAACCAGAAUUUGAUCGAGACUUGUAUCAUCUACAUGGCUCUCUCGAGCAAACUCCAUUUUACUGA